CAGAGGGGGCGCGCAGCGGCCGGACAACGGCAAGACGCUUCUGAAAAGCUCCAGAUUUUACCGAAUCUCACUCGUCGGUUACCGUUAAUUUCUGCUCGGAUACCAUCCGGACCACCGGAAUAGAGACAAUCGCUGUCACACGCCGGGGUUGCGAUUUUAUUGUUAAAGGCAGGGUGGGUGGGUUUCACUGAUAGCUGCUAACGUUAGCUUACAGGCUAGCCAAACGAGCUAAUACGGGCUAGUUAACGUUAGCUCGGUGAAGAACAGCGGGGAGGGGAUUGAGGAAGACUAUUCGGGCCAGGCCGCUCCAGCUUGGGGGAAUGUGAGCCAGAGGUGCGCAGGGGGGGUUUGCUCGCUUCGUCCCAAACGUCCUUACACCAAACUACCGGGAUGGGACAGCAGGUAGGCCGCGUCGGUGAGGGCACAUCGACCGGACUCCAGCCACCACAGCCCCACGCGUCCCAACCACACCAAGGGAAGGGGAACCGGGGGAGCGGCGCCGGGAGGAGACCCCGAGAACCCGGCAGUAGCACCGGGACACCACCGGGCAGGACUGCUGCAGUCAACGUGCCCGAUCCAGGGAUCAAUAUAUUCACGCUGCAUUCAGAAGCUCUCCACCGGCCAUUCGGCCUGGACUCGGCGGCGCUGACGGAGGCGGUGCGCUGGAGCUCCAAGGAGAACCUACUGGGGGCUGCCGAGAGCGACCCUAACCUCUUCGUUGCACUUUAUGACUUUGUCGCCAGCGGAGACAACACGCUCAGCAUUACCAAAGGUGAGAAGCUGCGUGUGCUGGGCUACAACCAGAAUGGAGAGUGGAGUGAAGUGCGCUCCAAGAACGGCCAGGGUUGGGUGCCCUCCAACUACAUCACACCAGUCAACAGUCUGGAGAAGCAUAGCUGGUACCACGGGCCCGUGUCUCGCAGCGCUGCAGAGUACCUGCUCUCAUCCCUCAUCAACGGGAGUUUUCUAGUCCGGGAAAGCGAGAGCAGCCCCGGACAGUUGUCCAUAUCUCUGCGCUAUGAGGGGAGAGUCUACCACUACCGGAUCAACACAGCCUCUGAUGGAAAGGUGUAUGUGACUUCUGAGAGCCGUUUUGCCACCCUGGCCGAGCUGGUCCACCACCACUCCACUGUCGCCGAUGGCCUGGUCACCACAUUGCACUACCCAGCACCCAAAUGUAACAAGCCCACAGUGUACGGUGUGUCACCCAUCCAUGACAAGUGGGAGAUGGAGCGCACAGACAUCACCAUGAAGCACAAGCUGGGAGGAGGCCAGUAUGGGGAGGUGUACGUGGGAGUGUGGAAAAAGUACAACCUCACGGUGGCUGUCAAAACACUCAAGGAGGACACCAUGGAAGUUGAAGAAUUUCUGAAAGAAGCAGCAGUUAUGAAGGAGGUUAAACAUCCGAACCUCGUUCAGCUACUAGGUGUGUGUACAUUGGAACCUCCAUUUUAUAUCGUGACUGAGUACAUGCCACACGGCAACCUACUGGACUACUUGAGAGAGUGUGACAAAGAGGAGGUGAACGCUGUGGUCCUGCUCUACAUGGCCACACAGAUCUCCUCUGCCAUGGAAUACCUGGAAAAGAAGAACUUCAUACACAGGGAUCUUGCAGCGAGGAACUGCCUGGUCGGCGAGAAUCAUGUUGUGAAGGUUGCAGACUUCGGCUUGAGCAGGUUGAUGACUGGUGACACCUACACUGCCCACGCUGGGGCCAAAUUCCCCAUUAAAUGGACCGCACCUGAGAGUCUUGCAUACAACACCUUCUCCAUCAAGUCUGAUGUCUGGGCAUUUGGGGUGCUGCUGUGGGAAAUUGCCACAUACGGCAUGUCUCCGUACCCAGGCAUCGACCUGUCUCAGGUCUAUGACCUCCUGGAGAAAGGAUACCGCAUGGAACAGCCUGAAGGAUGUCCACCAAAAGUCUAUGAACUCAUGAGAGCAUGCUGGCAGUGGAGCCCAUUAGACAGGCCUUCGUUUGCAGAGAUCCACCAAGCCUUCGAAACCAUGUUUCAUGACUCCAGCAUCUCUGAAGAGGUAGCAGAGGAGCUCUGCAAGACGGCCUCCUCUGGUCACUGCGGACCAUUGCAUUCUUUCAGUCAUGACAUGCCCCUUUUGCCCUCCAAAUCUCGCACACUCCACAAGCACACAGAAAACAAGGAAAACAUCGAGGGUGGACUGGACGGGCGCACUGACCACGGCACGCACAGCCACUCAGGCUGGGCUUCUUUGCUGGGAGGCGAUGGCCGAUCAGGCAGCUCUCCUGCUCUGCCCAGAAAACAGCAGCCACGAGAUAAAUCUCCCAGCAGCCUUUUAGAGGAUGCACAGGAUAUGGGCACAUUUACACGAGACCGCAAGACUGGCUUUUUUAGUUCCUUCAUAAAGAAGAAAUCUUCCUCUUCUUCUUCAUCCUCACCAUCCUCCCAGCUCCAACAGAACCUUCCAACGCCACCCAAGAGGAGCAGCUCUUUCCGGGAGAUGGAGACACAGCCUCACAAGAAAUAUGAACCCACUGCUGAUUUCAGUGCUCCUCCUCCUUUGCCCCAGUCUGACAGUUUAGGGGGCUUCUCUGCCUCUCCUUCCCACUCCCACGGGGAACCCACCCAGACUCAGUCACGCUGUUGUGGGGCUGCUUUCGGACAGAAACCCUCUAGUGGAGGCCUUGGUUCACAGGUGACUGGUGGCAGCAGUUGGGGUGGUUUGGCAGGUUUUUUUACGCCUAGACUCAUUAAAAAGACCCUGGGGCUACGGACAGGAAAGACGACCUCUUCAGAGGACGGUGGAAGUAUAGUUGGAGGGCCUAAACCCUUCCCUAGGUCCAAUUCUACCUCCUCUAUGUCAGCUGGGCUGCCAGAUCUGGAGCGCAUGGCUCUAACUUUACCCAGGAACCGCAGUGCUAAACCCCCUCUGGAGAGGACUGCCUCCACAACCUCCCAGCCAGAGAAUGGGGCUGCACGGCCCUCAGAAACUCUGCUGAGAAGGAUGGAUGAGGGGACCGCACAGAUCAGGGAAAGGCCCAAAGCCAAGCUACUACCCCGGGGCACUGCUGUAGGGGUGAGGGCACCAGGAGUAGGGGGGGAGGUGGGGGAAUCGGACAGUCUCUCCCGGGUCAGGGAGAGUAGAGAGGAGAGUGGGGGGGGGCUGGACAGGCAGCAGAGUUGGUCCUCUCCCUCUAAGACUUCUAGUUCGAGUGCUUCCUCAGCUGCACCAACUCACAACCACAAAGUUCCAGUCCUGAUCUCCCCCACGCUGAAGCACAGCCCAGCUGACGUGCACCUAGUCGGGCUAGACUCUCAGGGGAACCGCUUCAAACUGCUGUCUGAGCACCAAGCAGACCGGGACAGGCCGCGACUUGUAAAACCCAAGUGUGCUCCUCCUCCACCUCCCACUCUGCGCAGCCUGCAACACUCCUACAGCGGUGAUGGAGAGGAGCAAGUAGGAGGCGCACCCGUGGAAGUGAACGGAGACACGUUAAAAGGUCACAGGUCAGGCCGAAUGUCAGGAGGAGCGACGACGGGCAGACCGUCUGUGCCACCACCACAAGUGCCUCCUGGAUCUUCCUCCUCCUUUUCCUCUUCUUCUGCCACCACCAACACGACUCCCACCAAAAUGGCCAACGGAGCAACCACCACUGCCUCGUCCUCACACACAGCACCAUCUGCCAGUUCCAAAGUGGCACUGCGGCGAACCAGGCAGCAGGCGGAGAGGGUACCUCUGGAGCGGGUAAGCCGUGAGGCCCUGCUGGAGUGCGCUGAGUGCCUGAGCAGCGCCCUCCACGCCAGCUCCGAAAGCCCCUCCAGCAGCCAGGUGCUGGACGCUGGCCACCAGCUGCUAGACUACUGCUCAGGUUAUGUGGACUGCAUCCCUCAGAUGAGGAACAAAUUUGCCUUCCGAGAGGCAGUGGGGAAGCUGGAGCUCAGCCUGCAGGAACUGAGGGCCUCGUCUUCGGGAGGAGGACUGAGCAAUAUGGGGCCCAACACUGUACUGGACAACCUGCACAGCUGUAUUAAAGAGAUUAGUGACGUAGUACAGAGGUAGCCACUGUGACGACACCAACGGUCACCCCUAACUACCCAACAGAUCGCUUAUAUUCCCUUUUUUUAUGUUUCUGGUUCUAUUGACAGCUUUUUGGGGGACGAAAUGAGAUGAAUCUCUAAAGUACCUCAGAGAAAUCUCUACAAAGUGUAAUCUUUUUAUUGUUUACAAACAACAGUUUCAUAAAAUGCCAGUGUGGACACUAAUUUGCUCUGACCUGUACAUAUUGAGAAAUGUUUAUACCAAACUAAAUGUGGUUUAAGUCACACCAUGAAAUGUUUUGCCGCAAAUCUCCACCACGGCCUCUUUGUUAAAUGAAUGUCGAGUGUAUCAGCUGUGUGUAGCCAGCCCAGAGACUAGGUAAGGCUCCCUCUGCUUAUCUGUCGGUCUGUCACAUUACUGAGUGAGAGUGAUGGUGGUUGUGCCCAGCCUUACCAAGAAUACUAGACAACUGUUUUCCCUGACUAAAGCUCAACAGUGUUUCACAAAUUUGUGAUUCAUGAGUUUUCCACUCAGUGUCUGGGAAAUUUAGUGACCAUAAGCCAUUUUUUAAAGCCAUUUGGGGUCUCAAUUUGACACUUUUAUUUUGUGUGCAGAUGUUUAUUUUGAUUUUAUUGCAUAGAUUGCAACUGACAGGCAGUAUAUUUCAGUAGUUGGACAAUUGUGAUAAAAGAGUAAAUCUCCCCAAAACUGCUUUUUUUUGGUAUUUGAUUAAAGUCUUGUUUUUGAGAAUAAUCUUUAGAGAAUAAUCAGCUGUGUUGACAGUGACAUUCCCACAAGGUGAGACCAUUGAAAGCUAUUGAAGGGAUCACUUACAGCAUUGAGACUUGUGUUCAUUUGACAAGCAUGUAAAUAAGCUCAAGUGAAACGUCAAGUUUACGUUUCAGUAAUACCAAAUACAGGCUUAUCAAAUCUAAAAAGACAAGAAAAGAUUUAUAUGAAUCUAUUUUGUCUGUUCCCCACAAUACUGAAAUAUUGCAUAAAUGAGUGAAUGUGGGGCAUCUUAUCAUAUGCACAGCAUUUUGUCUUUGCUUCAGUGACGUGACUGAUGUUCACACUUUAACACAGUGCCACAUAAAUGGGGAAAAUCCCCAGUCCCCUAAAGCAUUUCAAUAUUUAUGUCCAGUUAUCCUUGCACACUACAUUUCUUCCUUGUAUGACGGAGCAUAAAAGAGUGGAGUGAGGAGAGGGAGAGCACAGGGUAGCACAUGAGCAGGUGAACUGGGACAGUGUUUCUAUAAGUGUCCUUCCAAGUAUGGACAGUGCUGGAUUCCCUGUAGCCUUGUCGUGGCCUCAGUGCCUCAAAUUCUUCAAUGUAUGAACACUACGAAAAUGCAGAGACCUACUUUACACUAAUCUCACAGUACUGAUCUCUCAGCAAACAAACUGCAGUAUGUCUUCAGCACAUGAGCGAUUUGUACAUUAUUUGGUUCAAAGAAAAAUGCUUUUUAGAAUGUCUAUGUAUGAACUUGAAUUUUAAAUUAUUCUUUUUUUUUUCUUUUUUCUUUUUUUUAAUUAAAAGCACAGACCUAUUUUGAGAAAAGAGUUAUGUAAAUAUUUGAUUUAUUUCAUAUCCAGGAAACAAAAGAUUUAUGUGUGGUCCCAGCAUAAAGAGCAAUGUUUUUGACUGUAGAGAUCUAUUGCAAGACUGAGGCCCAUCCACCCAGAUCUGAAUAUCUGCUUUAUGAAUGUAUUAUUCUUCUGUUCUGAACCCGGUCCAAUGUUCAUCUGCAUGACUCUAAUCUCUUAAGGUGCCAUUUUUCUUUAUUUAUUAUUAUUAUUUUUACAGUUUAUUGGCCCAUAGUUCUAAUUUUGGUCACACUAAAGUCCAGAAACAGCUGCUCUGUUUUUUGAGCACAAACAAAACUGUGUACAGCGCACACACAACUCACAGAUAUUUUUAUUUUCUUUGUUUCGCUUUGGCUCACAUCUUAAUUUACACUGGAUAAGAUAAGCCUGGAUAAGACACAUUGGCUCAUUGACACGUUGCGUCUGAAUAUUACAAAUUGUAAUCUGACACUGCAGGUCCAUAACACUUUCAAAAUGUCCGUUAAUUACACUUGAUGGAUUGCCAAGUAAAACUUCUUGUCAACUUGUUUUGUUGUGCAUUUCAUGUGAUCAUUUCAUGUGACUGUGUGUCAGGAAAAUAUUCCCAUUUCUUGCCAAACAGGAUGCUUUGAGACGAACUGAAUGCCAUCAUUGUUGUGCUCAUGAUUCUUGGUGCCUUUUUGUGAACAAAUAAUUUAUAUACAGUCACAAAUAAUUUAUGUACACUGCAAGAAAUCACAAGUGGCAAUGUUUAAGUCCAUCAUUAAAACAUUCAUGUGUUAGCUUUUCUUUGCCAUGAAAUUGUGGUAGGUUAUCACUACAUUAUGCAUUUCUGUCAUAUGGAGGUUAACGGUCAUAUCCAAACUUGAAACCAAAAGGUGCACUUUGUUUCAACUUUGUAUUUGGCCAUUUAUUAGUGGCCAUUAACACUGUUAGUGCAGCCAUAUAUGUUUAGGGUUCCUCUUGAACAAACAACACACGAGCCUGCUGCACUAAAUCCAAGCUGCUCUGUUGUCUCGUAAUCUGAUCAUGUCAAAAGUUUCAUCUGAAACAUUUUUCUCUGUAAUUGCCUAGCAACAGUCUGGUCUAUUUGCCUGUUGGGUUUCUAUUGAUUUUUUUUUUUUAGUGCAUCUCUGUGGAACAGGUUUCCCAAAAAAGCCUUAUCAAGGAGUGAAAGAAAAAAUGUGAUCUUCCAGAAUCAAACACAUUUCCAGCCUGGAUGCUUUUUUUUUUUUAAAGAAAUAAAACAUAUAAAGAUUCAAUCAAUGCUUUUUAGUGUCAGUGAAUUGAUUAGGUACCAAUGGUGAUCCACCCCACACCCUCAAACCUGAUAUCUAAACUGAUGUUGUUUCACAUUUUUACCACAACAUUUCUUCUCAUACUCAUAUCAGUCUUCUGCAUUGUCUUUAUUUAUGUUGCCUGCAUUUAUUCUGUACAUCUGUUUUUUUCCCCUUCUGUCUCCCUGUUUUGGAGAGCAGCUCUGGAGAACGUCUACAUCAUUAUACCAAAGGCCACUUCUUCAGUUGUACGAGUGCAAUGUAAACCGACACACAAACACACACACAAACACACCAUAAUGGAAUAUGUGAAUCUAAACAGGGAUGAAAAAUGGCAGAGAUGUUAACAUUAACUUUUUUAUUGUACAAAAUAUAUAUUUUGUGUUUU